AUGGGCAGGUGCCACGCGGGCUUCAGCGGGAAACUCGAAGUUUUGAAAUAUGCGAUUCAAGUCGCCUAUUUCCUCAUUGGACUCUAUUAUCACUUUAAAAUUUUGCGUGUCUUGUACGCCAAAUGGAAUCUGUACUCCAAGUUCUCGUUCUACAAGCUUUUCAUCGUAGAUUCCAUCCUGGUAACGCUUACUUCUUCCUCUUUUUGACGUUUCUUCGGAUUCAGAAUAUCGUCAUCAUACUUCUCGACGUCGGAGCCAUCAGAAUCUUCGCCUUCAUUCCUGCUCUUUGCCCAUGGGCACUCUCCGAGUUCCCGGAGCCUUCUCAAUGGAUAUCAUUCGUGUUUAUCGAACAAUAUCUCAAGUUUUCCAAGUGUCUCAUCUUCUGCUUCAUCAUGUUCAACAGAGCAAGUUGUGUGCUCUUCCCGACCUCCCAUGGAACUGUAAGUUGAUAUUGUCCGGUUACUAAAAGUCAGAUCUUCAGAUCUACAACUGCAUCUUCUACCACAUGCUCCUUCUGGCCUCACUGUGUCCUCUCAUCGGGAUGCUUCCGAUUUUCAUCUCGGACAGUCAGUUCAUUCCGUUCCAAGGAGGAUUCAUUCACGAAAGCAGAAUGAAAUUGAACUGGGUUAGUUUGUAGCCUGCAACUUUAAUAAAAUGAUAAACUUGUAGAUGAACCUCAAUCAAUUCACCCUCGUCAUCUCCGUAAUCACUCUCGUCAUCAUCUUCCUCUGCUCCUUCGUCUGCCUUCUCUGCAUGUCGCGUGCUCGCGAAGAGCACAAGUACACGGAGCAAUGUCUAACCGCUUUUGCCCUUUCGAUGAGCAUCUUCUACGUUUUGGCCCUUUCCAUCGGAAUCUUCUUCCAACAAAUGCACGCGUCGUCACUGGAAAUGGCCGAGUUCUGGAAGGCGCUCACCAUGUUUUCCUUCGAUAUUCUCCUCGUUUGGUGAGUUCCAAAUGAUCCGCUGCUGAAUCUACUUCUCCUUCCAAUACCUUUUAUUCCAGUCCGCCCGUCAUCAUGCUCAUUCUGAACGUGCGAUUGCGGAUGGACGUCUUCCAACGAAACACUGAUCAAACUCCGAAUUCAGCUAAAUAA